GACGGAGUUAUCUGGAAAAGAGGCACUUGAUACUGAGAGAUGCUGUAGCAGAGCCUGGGGAGAACUUGUGUGGAGUUAGAGAUCCAGUCGAGCUGUGGGCACUAGAGUGUAAGCGCUUUGAUGUGUCCCUGUCCCUCCCAGCUGGGAAGAGAUGCCCAGCCUGGCCCAGGCUAGAAGUUUUGGCUGACCUGUGCUCAUCAGCAGGGCAACAGGUUUGGUGCUGGCACAGAAACUGGGCAGAAACUCUCUCUGAAGCCAAACCCCUCAAGAGGUAACACUUAUUUUAUUACUGCCCUUUAAUCCCAGCACAGACUCAUGGCACCCUGGUCACUGUUGACAUCCCUGUGGACCUCCCCAGAAGCUGACCUCUGGCUCAGUACAUCAUCCCAUUUUGAUAGAAGAGCGUUGUCAUCGUUCGGACCCCAAGGAAACAGACAGAAAACAGCCCAUUCAGAAGGCAAAGCCGCAGACAAAACUGUGUUAAUUAGAACAAGCAGUUCGGUUAGACCAGACAGCCCCAGCACAGAGACCUGGCAGCACUGCUGCUGGCUGGCUGGCUUGGUUUUGGUCUAGUAGCCCAUAAGGUUUAGUCCUGCCUCAUAACAAACAGUAAGGGAUUCACCUGCCAGCCUGUCAGCCCAGGUACUCCUCCCACUCACGGGUCAUACCUUUUGCUUCUUUUGAGCUUUCUCCAUGUGCUAUUCCCCACUUUUUGGAGCAAAUUGGCUGUGGGUCAUUUGGCAAGUCCCAGAUUUGUCUGCGUGGUGGAGCCUGGUUCUUGACUGUGCUCUGUCUCGAGCCCCAGACUGGCUGGGAAGUGUUUGACAGAAUCCAUUACGAUGGGCUAACACAGCGAUUCUGAUAAACCAGCAAGAUCAGUUUAAAAGAAAACAGAUAAUGUUUCAUCUGAAACUGGUGCGUGGAAACCAGCUGUCACGGGGGCGGAAGGAGGAACGAUGAGGUGACAAUAUUUUGUGAGGAAAAUCCAUUUCUAGAAAUUGCUGGAUUGUCGCCUUUUCCCCCAGAAGCCCGUAUGACUCAGAAAAGGUUUUUUCCUUUGUAUCUUUCAGUGAGGGAAUCCAGCAUUUCUUUUCAAACAUGCAUGGAAGUGAUGGCAUCUUUUCCCUCAAGAGCAUCCAGGGUGGUGUAACUGGUGUUAGGAGCUGGAUUAGUUGCAGGUGAAGCUUCAUCCUGCUCUUUCCAGGAACUCUAAUGCUGGUAAGCCUUAGGAAUGGAAAACAGGAUUUUCUGCCUUCUGUUCUUAGUUCUUCCACUGCAUCCCCCUGUAGGGGUUUCUUAGGUGCUAAAUUAGGAUAACAAUUUCCCUCUUGACUGUCCUUUGUUGUUAGGUCAGGAGGGGAUCGGCCUGAGGGGAAUGCUUCUGGAGAAAGGGCGAGUGGUGAGAUGGGAUCUUGGCUCUGUGUCUGUGUCUCACAGGCAGUGCUCACAGUGGAUGCUGUCCCCACACGAUGGGGACAAUGCAAAGCACACAGCAGUGCUUAAUAUCACCUUGUGCUGGCCCACAAACCAGUCUCAAUGGUGGGACAGCAUUUUGAGCAAAGGGAGAAACAUUAUUAACAAUUGAGAACCAGAGAUCAGGAAACAGCUUGCUCCAAACAGCGUACCACGAGCUUUUUUCUGAAGGCUCACUGAGCAGAGCAGCUCCAGCUCUGACCAGCCUUUCAGUACUUUGCUUUCCCUUUAAUAUGUUUAAACCCAACCUCUCCAAGUCAGGAUUGACCGUGUUGACCUGUACUUCUGGGAUAGGUUCAAGACAUAUUGAAACAAUACUAAGAACAAAACCCAGUAUCCUCCAACUGGCUCCCAGGUAGACUUAUGUACGUUAUGCAAGGCAGAUUAUAUUACUGCAUAGCUGCAGGCUGUGUCCCCACGUUACCGUAAAGGCAACGCCAGGCAUAUUGGCGUUCCACAGUGAGAUGCGUCACUGGAUGCAGAGAUCCAGUUCCAAAUACCCCUAGAGUCCGGAGCCGUUUGGACACACAAGCUGAGGUUCCAAGCUCAUACCUAAGUACUGCUGGCCAGAAGUUUUACCUCUUCCCUCUGAAUCAUCCAGCACUGGCCAGAGCUUUGUGCAAGCUGGUGGCCUGUUCAAUCCAACAUUAUGUUCCCAAGCAGAAUUCAACCAGCUAGGAGAGACACAGACACUGCCUAUGAAUUAUCAGGUGAAGAGUCCCAAACCUUUCCUUUCUCAGUAUGUGCAGGUCUGGCACAAGGAAAGCUCAGAGGCACCGAGGUAUCCCACUCAAGCAGCCAAGUGUUAACAACCUCUCCAAAGUCUAAUUUGCCUUUGAUGUAGACUUAAUUGUUUGCGUCACCCACUGGGCUAGGGGGAGGGCUAUAAAAGGGGCUGCAGCCAUUGUCUGAGGCAGAAGAGAGCCCAGAAACAGCUCCCUCUCCCAGUCUUCCUCAUUCAGCACAGUAGACACAGCCUGUACAUCAUGCAGCUGGUGGCCAGCCUGGUGUCCGUUCUGCUGCUGGUGUGGAGCGUGAGAGCUACUGCACUGCCCGGAGAAGAGAGACUCGCAUUACAGAACACUAGGGAACAGAGCACAGUCCGGAAAGACACCAUCCUGAAGAUGCUGGCGGGCUUGCUGGACAGUGUGGAUGUGGGGCGCGAGGUGGCCUCCCCAGACAUGGAAGAGGAGGGGAAGCUGGAAGAGGAGCGGGCAGUGCUGGGGCGGCUCGCCCAGCUAUCGCAGCGGGACCGCAAGGCUCCCUGCAAAAACUUCUUCUGGAAAACCUUCACCUCCUGCUAGCGCUGCCCAGCCUGGACCUGCUGGGCUGCCUGCCCGCGAGCACCCUCCUUGUCCCCCAUCAGCUGCCCCAUCCCCUGUGCUCCCUUCCUUUUCUUCUCCACCCAUAAGAAUAAAGCAUGGCGCCUC